GCGCUCCACUGGUCUCUGAGGGCCGUGAACGCCUCACCACCUCUGCUCAGAGCCCAGCUGAGCUCAGUCUCUUCUCUCGGCUCUGUCUCGUCUUCUUCUUCUUCUUUCUCCUCUCAGAGUCCUCUCAGUUCCGGUGGAUUCAUGCGCAGCUCUCGCCCGCCGCGGUCGCCAUGCAGAACAACCACCAUAAGGAGCGCCUUUACAAGAUCCUUGUGAUAGGGGACCUGGGGGUCGGGAAGACCAGCAUCAUCAAGCGCUACGUGCACCACAACUUCAGCCCCAACUACCGCGCCACCAUCGGGGUGGAUUUCGCCCUCAAAGUCCUGAACUGGGACCAGGAGACGGUGCGCCUGCAGCUGUGGGACAUCGCAGGUCAGGAGAGGUUUGGCAACAUGACCCGCGUUUAUUACCGUGAAGCCAUGGGCGCCUUCAUCGUAUUCGAUGUGACACGGCCGGCCUCCUUUGAGGCCGUCACAAAGUGGAAGGAGGACUUAGAUUCCAAAGUGACACUUGCCAACGGGAAACAUGUUGCCACCGUGCUGCUGGCCAAUAAAUGUGACCAGAGUCAGGACGUUCUGACCAACAACAGGAUAAAGAUGGAGCAGUUCUGUCAGGACAACGGCUUUGUGGGAUGGUUCGAGACGUCCGCUAAGGAGAAUAUCAACAUUGACGAGGCAGCCAACUGCUUGGUGAAACACAUCAUUGCAAGCGAGAAUGACAUGCUUCAGUCAGAAGUUCCUGACACCAUCACCCCCCAGUUAGAGAAGGACAGAGGCGGGACCUGCUCCUCCUGCUUCAGGUCCCAGUAACAUAAACACCCGACAACCGGGUGUCCCUUUUGUAUGUCACUUCACACAAAGUCGUGGGAGUAGGAGGCAGAAAAACACAUCGGCUGUUUUAGAGAAGGUGAAGGUGCCAGCGUUUUUUUCUGUCUGGUAUCCUGAUAUUGUGUGUGUGUGCCUGUGUGUUGGGAUUGGUCGACAGGGAGGCAGCUGGCUCAGAUUGAAACAGAGACAGAAAUAGAGAAAGGGAGUUGAAUGCAGCUGUGUGGGCUUCUCAAAGACAAGGUCACCCCCUUCAAGCCUUAACGCUGAAACAUCAGUUACCAUGGUGACACAGUUAACAAACAGAUGCACAAACCACACUAUAUCUGCACUAAAGGU